UCCCGUCUCUUUCCUCGUCGCCUCCGUUCCACUUUUCUCCCAUUUAUAUUUUCUAAAUCUCUCUCUCUCUCUCUCAUGCGAUUGUGAGAGAUCGUCGGAAAUAUAGCUACCUUUGAAGAUAUUAUAGCUGCGAAAUAUAUACGGAGAUUUGAGAAUGCGAGUAUUUUCCAGUGUCGACGGAGAUUCGAUUUGAUCAUUUCUGAAAAGUGUUUGAAAUCGGUGCUUCAAAUAGGAAAAAAGGCGUUUCUCGAUUUGUCUAGAAGCUGGUGAAGAAUGAGAGUGUUUUCCACUGAGAUUCGAUCAUUUCUGAGAAAUUAAAGCCUUUGCAAACACGGUUUUCGAAUUGAGAAGGCUUUUCCACAGAUUCAGUCUCGAGUAAAUUAGAGGUACUAUUCUCAAGAAAAAUCAUUUAAAAAACUAAUUUGUUUCAAAUGCUCCAAAGAUUGUGUUGAGCAUGGAAAAGUAAAAAAAUAAAAAUGUUGACAUGCAUAACUUGCUCGAAACAAAGAGUGGAAGACGAAGAAGAUGCCCCGCGUGGGACUCCCAAUACAAAAGACGCCGUCAAAAGCGUCGCCAACCAGAUCAAGGACAUGGCACUAAAAGUAUCAGGAACAAGCAAAGGAAAACCAUGUGGGACAAGCAGCAGCUUCAAGGUAGGACAAAGAUCAUAUCCCGAAUUCGAAACAUCAUCGGAGGGAGUCCCUUAUCCCUACUUCCAACCCGGAAGCUCGAGCACGCCAGCCUGGCACUUCAUGAACGCCGGGGGUGGCAGUGCCGCCCCCCGCGACUCUGCAUACACAGCCUUCGGUGGCGAUGACAUGACCCCGAACCGCAUCUCAUCCCGGUUCGACGACAUGGGGCUGGGAGAGGAAGACGGCCCCAAGGAAUGGAUGGCACAGGUCGAGCCUGGCGUCCAAAUCACCUUCGUCACCCUCCCCCGCGGUGGGAAUGACCUCAAACGCAUCCGUUUCAGCCGGGAGAUGUUCGACAAGUCCCAAGCUCAGAGGUGGUGGAGUGAGAACUUUGACAGAAUAAUGGAGCUAUACAAUGUCCAGAAAUUCAACCAGCAGGCAUUGAACACUCCAGGCAGAUCUGAGUGUGGAAGAGAUUCAACUUACUCGAGGCUAGGAUCAGUGAGAGAGAGCCCGCGAAUGACUUCAGCAUCAAUGAACAGAGAGUGGCAGCCGAGGUACAGCAACUACUACAACGGUGGAGGGCAGAGCUCAUACGCGAUGGAGGGGUCGCGGGACACCACAGCGUCCCGGGACGAGGAUGCAGUCUCCAUCAGCAAUGCUAGUGAAGUUGAAGGAGAGUGGAUCGAGGAAGACGAACCGGGCGUAUACAUCACCAUCAGACAGCUUGUUGAUGGUACGAGGGAGCUUCGUCGUGUCAGAUUCAGUCGGGAGCGAUUUGGGGAGGUGCAUGCUAAGCAAUGGUGGGACACUAAUAGGGAUAGGAUACAAGCUCAAUAUCUUUCCUAGAAGAUGAGGAUGAUGAAUGGUGCAUUGCAGUUGAUGAUGGUUCGAGAUUUGACUCAAGAAAUCAUCCAUUUUGAUUAUAGUUCUAACUAUAGAAAGUUUGAAAAUUACAAAAUGAUCUUGUUUUAAGAUUUCAGUCUCUUUUAUAUGGCUUUGUAGUAGCUGCUUUAAGGCAUAUACCAUGUUUCAUGAAAAUUAUAUUUAAGGUAUGUUUCUUUCCAUAUCUUGGUUCACUAUUCAAUGGUAUUUACUCAUUCAUUA